GCAAAUUUCGAUAAAAAUUAAAUUAUUUAAUUGUAGCAUUCGUGUUUCAUCGCGUAUCUCAUUUCCUUUCACUGCUGAACAUGCAACAGUGAAUUGUAAACUUCCGCUUGAAAAUGUUGCCGUGUUAACACCGUGUAAAACUAAAUAUAUAAAUAUAAGGAUGUCUGAAGUUUGGGCUUGUGGUUUUAAUGGAUUUUCGCAACUGACUGCUGAUUCCAUAGAAUCAAAGAUAAAAACUCUUCAAGCAAUUCAUUUAGGUCUUGAAGAUAAAGAAAAACUUACUGAAUGUGAAAUAUCAUGGUCUUUUAUUGCUUGGCUCACAGACCAGCACCGAUUGAUCACAUGUGGCUUCAGUCCUGAUAAGCUUGAUGCCAGUGUUAAGCCUGCUUUACAAGCCACAACCAUUUCUGUGUUGUCAUCACAUCUCAUCGUAAUGGACUCCAAUUCAACUCUACAAGAAUGGCGGCAUGGCCACUUUAUGCACGUUUCAUUGAAAGGUGUGGAAAACUUCAAACCUAAGCAAAUCCAUAGUAAAGAAAUGAAUUGUGUUGCAAUCAGUGAAGAGAAUGUUCCGGUUGAAAUUAGUCCGGUUUACCAUCAGUCAUCUAUAGAAUACAUAUGCAAACCUCUCCCACUGGGGUGUGCCAUCAGAUCUGUGGCAUGUGGUGUAGAUCAUGUAUUAAUGCUAUCUGACUUUGGUUCUGUUUUUUCCUAUGGAUCAGGAAGCCGAGGACAAACUGGUCAUGGCACCACAGAAGACAUUUGUGGGCAACCCAAAGUUAUUGAAGCAUUGGAAGGUGUCAGAAUGGUACUAAUAGCUUCAGGAAAUUGGCAUUCAGCUGCAGUGUCAGAGUUUGGAGAUUUGUACAUGUGGGGAUGGAAUGAAUGUGGACAACUUGGCAUCCUGUGUAGGAAAAAUUUGGAUCAUGAGUUUAAAAUUACUGACGAUUGCAGUGAAAAGAACGAUGCCGUAACAAUUCAAGCUCUGCCAUAUUUAGUGCUGCCACCUGAUGACAAGGAAGAGGAUAUUGUUGUAGCCAAAGUCGCAUGUGGUGCACGCCAUACUGCUGUUCUUACAAAUUGCUGUAAAUUAUUUACUUGUGGUUGGAAUGGUUAUGGUCAAUUGGGUCUGGGAGAUUGUUAUAACAGAGACCGUCUCACUUAUGUACAAGAUCAACAUCUUCCUUCCUUAAAAUGCCAGCCAGAGCAGCUUGAUAUUUACUGCGGAAGCUGGAACACCAUCUUAGUUCUACAGAAAACAGAAACCAAAACUGAAACCUAAUUCUUUAAAUUAAAGUCUUGUUUUGUUUAUUG